AUGUCUGACGCCGGCCGCAAAGAUUGGUCUGACAAGCUCAAGGAGGGCGUUACCCCCGACUCCACUAAGUCCACUCAGACAAAGAUGAAGGAGACUUUCACCGACACUGGCGACAAGGUUGCUCGUGGUAUCCAGCCCGACGAGCAAAAGUCCACUGGCCAGGAACUCUCCGACAAGAUGGGCCGCAGCAAGGACCGAAACGUGCACGGUAGCUCAGGAGGCUCUAUUCUCGACAAGGCAAAGGGUGCUCUUGGUAUGGGUGACAAGCACUAA